AACUUAUCUUUUUCCAUUUGGGCACAACGACGACGGCGGAAAGAAUGAUGGGAGAGCAAACGGACGUAUCGCUUCACCCUCUAAAGGGGGAGGAGAACAAGGUCCUCAUCAUGGGAGGAGGCAUUGCUGGUCUCACGGCCGCACUUGCCAUCAGGCGAGUGGCCGCGCUCACAGGUCUCAGUUUGCGGCCAAUCAUUUACGAAGCAUCCAAUUCACCUUACCCGGGCGAAAAUACGUCCUCACACUGGAUUCUCUGGCGCUGGGCCAUUGAUGUGCUUCUGGAACUUGGGCUCGGAAAGCGCCUCUCACGGAUUUCCAUGCCCAUUGAUAACUUAAAGGCAGUAGACGCAGAUACUAAUGAGCUGUUGGUCCACUAUCCCCCCAUCGAUCCUCUCACUGGCCUGCCAGAAAAGGAGCAGAUACAGGACCCAGAAGCUGGCAACACGGCCGGUGGUAUCCCAGCCAUGAUUGGUAUUCGCAAGGUUGAUGUGAUCCGCACCCUUUUGUUGGCCCUGUCGGAUAUCCGAGACGACUUACUCGAUGGCUCUUUUGUGCCAACCGCCGCCAACAAUUCUCAAGGUAGCACACCUGAAGGCAUACCAGAAGGCAUUGACGCCGAUCUGGCGUGGGGAAACACAUGGUUCCAUGAUGAAGGCUACGCGGACCUCGUCCCCGAUCUCCAUCUUGGAUACGAACUGGACUCGUUUCUCAUCUCUGCAUCAACCGGAAAGGUCACGGUGAAAUUUACAAACGGCGUGGUGGAACAAGGAUUUAUGCUCAUUGGUGCAGAUGGUCUUCAUUCUAAAGUGAGAGAGCUUCUCGGUUCUAAUCGGUACCCUGCCCAGCAUGCUGGUGCGGCCGUUGUUUACGGUAUCGCCAAUCUUUCCCAUCCUCCCUUGGACAUGCCCACAGAAUACGCGGACGGGAACCCUCUCCCACAAUCCAAGAUGAGUGAAUUGACAGCAUUUUGCCCAGAUGGAAACGCGGUAGGGAUUGUUGGGCGCGGCGUCGCUUUUGGGGUGAACAAUCUCGGGAACGGCAUGUUGGGCUGGAAUCUUGUUGUUGCGCAGCCUGAGCCUCACUUUCACACUACCCAAUUUGCUGCGGAAGAACAAGAGCGGAGACAAAUGGGGCAGGCGUCUUCGUCUGGUACAGACCCAUUUCGACUGGAGCAAAUCUCCACAGAUGUGCCCUCAAGCGGCCCUUCCAGUGGCCAUUCUUCCCGGAGCGCUUCCCCCGUGCCUAGCGUCUCGAGCGAUAAGACCGCCGUCGACUCGAUCACAACCAGCCUCCAGGCCACGUCGCUGGACACCCCGCCUACCUCUGCACCCACCUCCCCUCCCACAACCCCCCGCACCCGCAAGAGGAUGGAAACGGCGUUUGAGCGCCAACUCCGUCUCCAGCGUGAAGAGCUCUUGGCUUCCAAACUCGCCCCACCCUCCCCGAAUGACCCAGUCACCCGCCUCUCUCACAUUCGAGCCCAAGGACUCGCUCUGUCCCUUGUUUCCCGUCACCCUUCACUUCCUACCACUGUUCUAUCUCUGAUUGCGCAUUCCGACGCAGGUUCUAUCUACGCACAAGAUAUUCUGGACUUGGCACAAGAGUACCCGGAAAGCACCACCUCACCCAACUUUCAUCCCGGACGCGUUAUCCUCAUUGGUGACGCUGCUCACCCCGUCGCCACCAACGCCAAUGGUUCCGUCGGUGGAGGUCUUGCCAUUACAGACGCAGCUCUUUUGGCUAAACUUAUCGCAAAGCACCUAAGCAACGAUCACACCUCCACCGAAACGGCACUCGGCAAUCUCGCUCGCGAAUUUGAUAACCUCCGUAUCGGCCCCUGUUCGCGUGUCAUGACGGACGCAAGAGCCGAAGGAGGGUGGGGAAGAACCGAAAACGGAUGGGUGAGGAGUUUGUGGAGGUUGAGUUGGAAAGUGACCACUCGCCAGUGGGUUCGCUCAACUUUUGCGCAAAUGCUUGAAAGAGGAGGUAUCAAGGGUGAUUAUGUUGGGUUGAAUAAAGUCAGAACCAGUGGAGCAGUUUAGAUGUGUGCAUAGAUUUGAUUAGGUUACAUAGAUUGGAUAGCAAUUUCUAGGACAUUUUUUAUAUUUUCAAUAAAUUUUCUGUACGGAUUCAAGUAAUGCAAAACAAAAACAGAAAGGAAUGGGAAGCGA